AACUCGACGAUCAUGGACGGCUCAAGGCUAUCUACGGCCCCCAACCUACGGCCUGUAUCUGGUAUCAGUCAGAGUCCAACCAGGAGAAAGUUGCGACGAAGCUGGAUGCCGGGUAGAUCCCGCUCCAACUCCAUGGAGGCGAGCCACAAAUUGGGAGCUUGGGUCAUCUCUGAGGAUAACCAAACCGAGUAUAACACGGCUUUCCUGAAGAAUGGAGAAAAGGUGCCCGAGCUCUGGAAUGAGAACGGCGCAGUCCUUGUCUAUCUGUACCCCAAAUCUAGCGGGCGCGGACCCUCCUUUAAAGUACCAGAGUUUACUGUGAGCUCCUCACUCAUUUUCAACGAGCUUAUCCGAGCAGAGCUGGAGUCUCCGACAGCUGGGAGAUCCAAGGCUAGAAAUUCUACUGGAAGGGACAGCCUGAGCACUGAUGACGCUUCGCGAGUCUCAACCCCGACGUUUUCGAGCGACAACUCUGGGGAGUUCCUGCAUCUCUAUCUCCCCUCCACGCCAUCCAACGCCUCGACAAGUUCGUUGACGGUACCCGCGGAAACUGUAAACCCAGGAGCUGAGCUGGAGCGCUUGAUUGCAAUUCGGAAUCUCUUCGCUUUUCUUACGGGACAGCCGCUUGUAGGAACACCGGCUCGGCCGAGGACGUUUGAUGCCUUCCUCCAAAUCUCUGAUCUCUUGCAGGAGUUCUGCUUUGCAAGCGCAGAUGGCUAUACUUUUGGCAGUGCCGUCGACAUGAGCUUUGGCUUCUACUCGGAGUCGCUGGGCCUUGCAGACUGUCGCCACAGCCGAGAGCAGACGUUGGAGGCGCUCAUCUUGGGCGAACGUAUGCGGUCAGUUGAGCUGUAUAACGAGGCGUUUACGCAUGCUGCAGGAAAAUACUCGGCCAUCAUGGAGCUCAAAUUGCCUCUGUUUCAACUGGUGUCCCCCGUCACGCGGCAGCGGCUGGAGCGAGCCCAUUUCGAGCUUGUCAGCCGCCAACACAAUGUGAAUGAACAUCUUGAACAGUUUGAGUUUCCGUCCCUGUUUGCGGGUAUCGCAAACUCGUCAUCUAUACCCGAACUCAAGCAAGUUCGCUUCAAGAUCUGGCGAAACUCAUUUACCAAGAUGAGGCACUUCGUCUUGAACUAUUACAAGACUGCAUUUGGCAGUUGGCCACCCAAAGCCAGCAGCAAAAAGAAUCCAUUUGCGGAGAGCGGCUUGAAUCGAAUCGUUCUCAAAACCCUUUACUCGGAUCAUUGUGCCCUCUACGACUUAUUGGUGGAUCGCAACAGCCUGACGUCGAGAGUCAUUGACGAGGUACCGACGGUUUCCAAGGAAGCCGACGAGAUGAUUACAUCGGCCCUUCGCAACAUUGAAUCUGAAUUCGACCGUUCGAGGCCUCCUGUUUUGCCUCCUAUUCCCUAUGACCUUCCUCUGAUUCCAACAAUGGCGGCCAUUCACGAGACGUACGACAAGCUCUCCCCACGAGAGCAGGCCAAGUUUGACAAGAAAGUCAAGGAGCCUGAGAUGCUUCUGGUGUUGAACGCCGCCUACAACUACGACACGAGCAGCCUUCGACUUCCGUUUCUGGACGGCUUCAAGGAGUUUGAAGCUCGCGAGGCUAAAGGAAAGAUGUCUCAGGAUCUCGCCGACCAACGCAUCGGCUACUUCCUCUUUCUCUACGUUGUUCUUCAAUCGUUGCCUACACUGGUAGUCGAUGCCCCAGACCUGAAGUUUACCGAGGGAGUAGAGUACUUCCUGUGCCAGCCGCCUAUUGGUAACCCGCCCUGGGUUGAUGACAAGCAGGUCCGGAAGAUGUGGUACGAGGUCGCGGGCGGAGGCUACGUCGAGCUCUCUGCCGAUGCCGUCAUGUUCAGCGUCGAGGCCAUCUAUCACCGAAGUCACUGCUGGCUAGCUGCAAAAAUUUGGGAGGAAAUGGGCAACUCGGCAACUCCACCGCUCGAGGAGCCGGCCCUGGAACCUCUCGAGCCCCCUCGUCCAAAUUUCCAGGCGGAAGACAGUGCAUUCAACAACGGAUCGGGCACCCCUGGCCACAGCUCCCCGUCGCCGCCUCCAGGAUCUCCCCAGCUGCGCCCCCGAGCGCGCAAUCUCUCUCCAGGUCACCGCCGUACCAGCAAUGCGUACCGCUCGAGCAUCGUAAUGGGCCUUGAGCCUGUUCCUCUCGAGCCGCCCAAUAUCUUUGGUGCUCAUCAGCGAAGUAGUUCUCUUGGCCCACGGCCACCAAGCAGCCGUAUAAGCAACCGGAGCUCGUCUGUUGGGAACCUUGUGGGCAUGAACACCCCUCGUGCUUCAAGACCAAGCUCUCCGGCCCGGGUUGCGGCAACAGCCGGAACGACCUUUGAUGAUAUUCUGGGACAGCCAGACAAAAAGAAGCCUGCCCAAAAGAAGAAGAGUAGAUUCUUCUAA